AGCCUCCGGAAGCAGGGGGCGGAGCUUACGGGCGAGCUGCGGCGUUGUGGUGACCUCUGUCUGCCGCAGGGAGAAGGACUGACGACCACAAUGAAACUCCUAACGUGAAUACAGCGACACGAAGCAUCUGGCUGCGUCACCAGGACAACAGGCUGUGUUCACAUCUGUCUGAUGGAAGCCUAACGGAACAAUGCUAACAUUCCUGCACAUCCUGCUAACAGGCCUGUUCGGUGCCCUGUGGGAUGGUGUCGCUGCUUUUAGUUUAGGUGCUUAUGGUGGGGUAAGAGUAGUGAAUGGAGAUCACUGUUCUGGCAUAGUAGAAGUAAACCUCCUUGAACAGUGGGGGACUGUCUGUGAUCACGGAUGGGAUUUGCGUGCAGCCAACGUGGUUUGCAUGGAGCUGGGCUGUGGAUUCGCCGAAUCCACCUCUCACAAUGCAGAAUUUGGUUUAGGCAGCGGGGUGAUUGCGCUGAACUCUGUCCAGUGCACGGGGCAUGAAUCAAGCUUGAUCCACUGUGGUCUGUCCCUGAACAAGAACUCUUUGUGCAGCCAUGAGAAUGUUGCAAGUGUGAAAUGCACAGGUUUGCUGUUUCAGCCCCGGCUGUCGCUGCUGUCGCCUCAGUCAGUGUUCUCCUCCGGGGAGUCGGUGCGAUUUUACUGCAACAUCAUGCAGCUGAACCGCGUCAGCGACGUCCACCUUUACAAACAUGAAAUCGCCACGCCGCUAGUCACACAAAGAGCUGACCCAACCCAGAUCAGAGUGGACCUCACCCUGUCUGACGUGGAAACCUUUUACCAGGGCAGCUACAGCUGUCAGUACAGUGUCACGGGUGGGUUUCCUUCCCAGAGGAUUAGCUCUCCGCCCAGCAAUUUCAUUAACAUCACAGUGGUGGAUCUCCUGACUCCCCAGCUCUGGUACAACACGUCCCCCGAGGCUCCACUCGGAUCUGUCGUCAAAGGUCAGAGUUUUAACAUCACCUGCUCCACGCUGCAGCAUUACCCCGGUGGUUCCUUCCAGCUCCGUCUGGUACGCUCCAACGGCACGGUGCGUCAGUCACUGCCUGCCCUUUCCCACGCUGUCACCUUCACCUUCCCUGAUGCGCAGAGCUCCAACGAGGGCUACUACUACUGCCUGUAUCGGGUCCAACUGGGCGGACGUACGUUCGUGUCCAGAGAAAGCCAGCCCCUGCCUAUAGCUGUCAGAGAUCCUGACCCAGUGUUGAGUCCCAUGGUGAUCAGCUGGCUUGUGUCUGGAGUGACAUUUGUUGUAGCCGUCAUCAUUAUAUUUAUUGUAGCUAAAGUGGUGUGCAACAAGGAGAAGAAGCCCUCUGAACUGGAACGGGAAACCAGAACCUGUGUGGACAACACUUAUGUUGCUGUAUCAGUUAACAGGCUAUGAUGGGAUCUAAAGGCUUCACACACUCAAAGGGGACUCAAAUGGGCCAUUCCCAUCAGUACCGGGUCGGCCCGGGCCGGGUAGCGUAGGUUGUUUACAUAUCUGGGUGGCCUGGUAUUUUUCCGGGCCAACCAAGGCUCAUUCUCAGCCCUCUUCUCGAGGGGGUCUGCUUCAGGCCGACCAGGGCCAACACACCCACUGCUGACAGCAAAUUCACACCUUCCAUUAGAGCAAGCCUCUGAUUGGUGGGUAGAACCAACCCACAUGGGCUUAAGACAAGGAUGUGUGGAAUCAACCGGGCCAGGCUGGGGCCGACUGGGGCUACCUGGCCCGGGCCGACCCAGUACAGAUGGGAAUGGCCCAUAAUGUGUCUCAAGUACAUCCAGACAGCAGAACCAGAGAAUUCCUUGAUCAUCCACCCCCUGCUGGUGACUUCUGGAACUACACCAACUCAUUCUGGAUGAGGCACAGUAAACCUAACAGCACUUCCAUGAACACUAAGACUGUAAUAAUCUUUCAUACUACUGCUCCUGGACAACAAUGGGAACGAUUGACAUCUACCACAGUAACGAUAUAAAAUAAGUCUCAGUGGACCAGCAGGACAUUGUUCAGACCGGGCUACUGCCACCACCUCAGAUCUAACGAGUGACAAAACUGCUAUGAAACCUUAAACUGGGAUAACUGUGACGUUGUGUGCCUAAACAGCUAAAACACUGUUUUGGAUUCAAUGACUCUAAUUACACUUUGCUAGGUAAUUACAUACUCGCCCACAGGACAGUGGGAUGUUUUUGUAUUUCCAGACUAACACUAUGCAUCUGUCAUUAAUGCACUUAUGUCUGCAAAUAGAAGUGGCAAUAAAUUAGAAUGCUAAGUGUUAACUGAGCUUUUUUUGGUUCAAACUGUUAGUUUGACAAUCUACUGUAACUGAAGAAGGUACUUUAGUUUUUAUAGCAUCAAACUAGAGAACGAUAGCAGCUUGUAAACACGAUGCAGUAUUGUGUUCCGUCUAUUUUUAUACCUCAUUUAACUUUUGGAAAUCAUUUUUGUGUUCCUGAAUAAAUGACUUAAAUGUUUCCGUA